AGUCGAAGGUGCGUUUCACAGGAGAGCAGGCCCUCCUUCUGGGGAAACCUCCACUGGAAUAUCAUGCAGGAGAACUACGAGACACUAAUCUCUUUGGCAGAAGAGAUGGCCAUCAGCCUGCCUCGGAUCACUGCGCUGGCUGAGUCCCACCGAAGAGGGCUGGCAUCGGGAUUUCCACUUUCCAAACCUGACUUGCUCUCCUGGAUGGACCGAGGAGAAGACCCGUGGGUGCCAGACCUUCCAGAGCCUGAAGGAAGGGAGAUGCCAACUGAUACCAGCCCGAGUGAUGAGCUGAGAAGGAAGAAUGGGGAUAUUGCUCCACAAGAAGCUCCCAGCAACGAGAGGGAUCCAUCGGCAGAGGACGCCCUGGAGGGGAAUCCGAGCGAAGGAGAGAGCCCUCCAGCCGGGACGCGACCGAGACCCCCCACCACAGAAGGAAAGGAGGAGCAGGGUAAGCCCCUCCCACAGGCGAUGGGCACUUCUAAAGCCCUGUUGCCCCCUUGGAAGGCACAAGGGGGCGACAGAGGCCACCAGUGUGCCGAGUGCGGCAAAAGCUUCAGCCAGAAGUCCAACCUCCUCCGGCACCGGAGGCUCCACCUGGACGAGAGGCCCCACAAGUGCGACGGGUGCGAGAAGAGCUUCGCCGAGGCCGAGGCCCUGGACAAGCACCGCCGGUGCCACGCAGGCGACAAGCCCUACAAGUGUGGGGACUGCGGGAAGAGCUUCAGCUGGACCUCGCACCUGGAGAGGCACCGGCGGAUCCACACAGGGGAGAAGCCCUACGCGUGCCAGGAGUGUGGGAAGGCCUUCAGCGUCGGGUCACACCUGGAGAGGCACCGGCGGAUCCACACGGGCGAGAAGCCCUAUCAGUGCCAAGAGUGCGGCAAAAGCUUCACUGUCAGCUCCACCCUGGUCCAACACCAGAGGACGCACGCCAACGACAAGCCCUACCAGUGCCCCGAGUGCGGGAAGGGCUUCAGCCUGGGCGCCAACCUGGCCGCGCAUCAGAGGAAACACCUGGGCCAGAAGCCCUAUGAGUGCCCCGACUGCGGGAAGAGCUUCAGCUUCACUUCCCACUUGGAGCGGCACCAGAGAAUCCACACGGGGGAGAGGCCCUAUCAGUGCACGGAGUGCGGCAAGAGCUUCAGCCGCAGCUCCCACCUCUACAGGCACCAGAGGAUCCACACCGGAGAGAAGCCGCGGCAGUGUGCCGACUGUGGCAAAAGCUUCUACCUCGGCGCAGCCAUGCUCCAUCACCUCCAGACCUCCCCGGGCACCGGCAAGGACCCCACGAAAUGCACAGAGUGCCGCCGCAAACGAGCUGUCCCUGAGCCCCCGCCCCCACCCCCACCCUCGCCGCCACUUUGCAGUGAGAAGCCCUACAAGUGCCCCGACUGCGGCAAAGGUUUCGGCCAGAGUUCGUCGCUGGUGAAACACCAGAGAAUCCACACAGGGGAACGGCCCUAUCAGUGCCCCGAGUGCGGGAAGAAGUUCAGCUGGUGCUCGGCCCUCAUCAAGCACAAGAGAAUCCAUACAGGAGAGAAGCCGUAUCGGUGCGAGGAGUGUGGGAAGGCCUUCAGCGUCAGCUCCCACCUGGAGCGGCACCAGCGGGUGCACUCGCCCGACAGGCCCCACAAGUGCGCGGAGUGUGGGAAAACCUACAGGGAGCUGGCCUCGCUGGUCAAGCACCAGAAAUCCCACGCGGCCGAGAGCAAGCGCUACCGGUGCCCUGACUGCGGGAAGAGCUUCAGCUGGAGCUCCCACCUGGAGAGGCACCGGCGGAUCCACACGGGGGAGAAGCCGUACGCCUGUGGCGACUGCGGGAAAAGCUUCAGCGUCAGCUCCCACCUGGAGCGGCACCGGAGGAUCCACACGGGGGAGAAGCCCUACCGCUGCGGCGAGUGCGGAAAGAGCUUCAGCGUGAGCUCCACCCUCCUGCAGCACCAGCGGACCCACUCCAGCGGGAAGCCGCACAAGUGCAAGGAGUGUGGGAAGCGCUUUGUGGCGGCCGCCCAGCUGCUCACCCACCAGCGGACCCACCGGGGUGAGAAGCCCUACGACUGCGCCACCUGCGGCAAGAGCUUUGGCUUCGUCUCCCACCUGGAGAGGCACCGGAGGGUCCACACGGGGGAGAAGCCCUACCAGUGCUCCCAGUGCGGGAAAUGCUUCAGCCGCAGCUCCCACCGCAACCGGCACCAGCGCACCCACGCGGCGGACCGGCCCCCAAAGGGAGCGGCUCAGGGAGGAACCGACGGUGGGAAAGGCGGCUCCUUUGCCUCGAACGCCAGGCACCGCAAGGAGCCAACCCCUGCGGUGCCUGAACCCCCGGUGUCUCUCAUGCCGCCCUGGUGGAGUGAAGGGGACCGGAACAGCAGCAACCCCCCGGUUGCGAACCUGUGGCCCGAGUUCCCCACUCCCUUCCAAGGCCCCGGUCCCAACGCUGCCCCAGCUGGGGGGCUGCGGGGAUGGGGCAUGAAGGGGUUCUUGCCUCCAGAUACGUGGAGACUGGGGGAGAGCAGCUCUGGCUGGGCUUCCACCCUCACCCAGGAGGGCUGGCCGCAACCUCCCCCAACAUCUUAACCGGGUCUCGGACUUCAGUUUCCAGAG